AUGUGGAUUAAAAGAAAGCAUGAAGAGGUAAACUUCUAUCUUACUCAAAUAUUGAGUCACCACGGAAAUUUUGGGAGUUACCUGUGUAAAAUUGGAAAGAAGGAAGUCGCGGAAUGCCGAUACUGUGCUGAACCCAAUGAUACUCCAGAACACACAAUGUUUGCUUGUCCAAGAUGUGAACAGGAAAGAUGUGAGGCACGCAUGACGAUUGGUAGCAACAUCUCCGCAGAUACCUUCUUAAAAUCGGCAACAGAAAGAAGAGAAAACUUUGAAGCCAUCUCAAAACUGGCCCAAAAUAUACUAGAGGCAAAAUACAGUGAAGAGCAGGGGUAA